UCUGGCAAACUGAAUCUAGAGGAAAGUGCAUUUGAAGCACAGGAGAAAGAGUUCCAAGAAGUCAUCAAUUUACUUAAGGGAGUUGAAACUCUUGAAAAAUUCCGAAUAGAAUAUGAGAAGCUCUAUGCUGUUCUGAAGAAGUCUCACAACAAUGAAAAGCGUCUCAUGGAAAAAUGCAGGGCACUGAAUGCUGAGCUUCUGGUGAAUUCAUCUAAAGUAGCCACACUCAGAAAACUCUCUGAAGAUGAUCAGGGAACUAUAUCAUCACUGAAGACGGAGAUUGAAAGGGCCUGGAAAAUGGUGGAUGAAGCCUAUGAAAAGGAACAGAAAGCAAAGAAAAUGAUUAAUUCACUGCAAGAAGAGAUUGUGCGCCUAACUAAUUUAGUGGAACAAGGAUCUGGACUGUACCUGGGACAGGAGUACAAUAUCAAGGAUUUGCUAAAACUUAAAGAAGAGGUAACAGAGGAGCGAAACCAACUGUUGUCAGAGGUUGUGGAGUUACGUCAAAGUCUAACUCAGGCCACAAAGCAGCAGCAGGAUACAGAAAAGGCAAAAAACGAGGCAGAACAAUCCAUUAUGCAGCUUCAGCAAGAGAUCCAGCUGCGUCAGAAUGAGGCAUCACAAGAGGCUCUAAAGAAGGAAAAAAUGGAGAAGGAGCGGAAAACUCUUCUAGAAGAAGUGGGUAACAAGCAAGCUGAGAUCAAGAAUUUACAGCAGCAUAUACAGAAAAAUAAAGAGGAACAACAGAAAAUGGAAGAGUGUCUAAAAGAGCAGAAGAUCUUGAAUGAAAGAGCUAGUAAGGAACUUGAGCGAUUGGAGAAAAAAAAUAAUAAGCUCAUGCAAGAGAAUGAGCAGCACACUCUCAUGUUGGAAGAGGUGAUGAAAGACAUCCAGCAGAAGACAGCAGAACUGAAAACCAGAGAGGAUGAAGUGACUCAGAUGCGCCUUGAAAUUUCGAAGCUGAACAAAGUAAGCGAUGUGCUUCAGAAUAAGCUGCGUGUUGCAGAGGAACAAAAAGUUGAUGCAGCCCAUGAGAGAAACAUCCUAAAAAAUCAGAUCUCUGGACUGGAGAGAGAGUUGGAGGCUUCCAAAAAGCAGGGGGAGAUUGACAAGAAAGCUGUAGAUGAGCUCGUGAGGGAAAGGGAUAUGCUAAGCAUGAACUUGACCAAGGCUAACAAUGCCACUCAGAAGCAGAUAAAUUUGGUGAAACUCCAUAUACAGUCAAAGAAGAACUUGGAGCAAGAAAUCCAAAAUUAUAAGAAUGAAGCUCAGAAACAAACGAAAAUUAUAAACCAGUUGGAGAAAGAAAGAGAUUGUUUCAUCAGUGAAACCAAUGAGCUCAAACAGAAGGUCCUCCAGCACCUGAAAGAUAUCGAAAUACGAGAAAUACAGAUCUGUGACUAUGAAAAGAAAAUAGAAGAGUCUACGGUUAAAUUAAAACAGCAGCAGAACAGCUGUGAAGCUAUGAAAGCAGAGAGGAACCUCUACAAUAAGAAUCUCAUUGAAGCUAAGGAUGACAUAGCAGAAAUGAAGAUAAAACUGAAAACUGUGACUCAUCUGGUGGAUCAGCUGAAAGAGGAGGUCGCAGAGAAAGAAGCAGCCCUGGUGAAAGCACAUGUAGAACAUCAGCGAUUAGAGAUGGAGAAGGAGUCCUUGAAAGCUGAAGUGCUUAAGAUGAAAAAACAGGCUCUGGAAACCAAACACUUUAUAGAAAAUCAGGAGGCAGAAGAGAGAAAACUCCUAAAAAUUAUUAUGGAAGCUGAUGCUGAAAGGCUUAAGCAGAAGAAGGAAUUAGACCAGGUUACCAAUGAAAGAGCUAUCCUAGGGUCCCAGCUCAUUCGGCGCAAUGAUGAAGUGGCUCUGCUCUAUGAAAAGAUAAAAAUCCUGCAGUCCCUCUUAAACAAGGGCGAAACCCAAUACCGACAGAGGAUGGAAGACAUCCGACUUCUCAAGCUGGAGAUCAAAAAACUUCGGUGUGAGAAGGGAAUCCUUGAAAAAAGUGUGGCUGAUGUGGAGGAACUGAGACAGGAGGUUCAUCACAUGCGGAAGGAACUAUUAAAGGAACAGACUCGGUGCAAAGUUUUGGAAGAAGAGCUGGAGACUCCCUUGAAUGUUCACAGAUGGAGAAAAUUAGAGGCCACUGACCCAAGUACCUAUGAGCUGAUUCAGAAAACGCAGAGACUACAGAAGCAGCUUAUUGUCAAGACGGGUGAAGUGAUAGAGAAAGAAUUGCUCCUUCAGGAAAAGGAGAAACUGUACGUGGAAUUGAAGCAUGUCUUGGCCCGGCAGCCUGGACCUGAAGCGGCGGAACAGUUGCAGCUCUACCGACAGACUCUCCGCGAGCAAACUAAACAGCUGAAAGUUUUGUCCUCAGAAUUGAAUAUGUAUGAGUCACAGAGCCAAGGAUACAAACAAGAAAUUGAAAAACUUACCAAUGAGCUUCUGAAUGUGAAAAUGAAAUAUCUGGCUCAGAAACGCAAGGAACAACAGGCCAAGAAGAAGGAGCGAUUCUCGACUGUCAUCGAGCCUGAGAUUCCACACCAGAAGUCUGACGUUCCUCGCUUCACUGGAGGGGGCUUUGCUCUCAGCACACCUCUUCCCAAAAUUACGGCUUAG